GUACUGCAGAUGGUGGUACUGUUUGAAAAUAAGAAGAAGAAGAAGAAGAGAAAGAGAGAGAUUGAACUACUUAAAGAACAUAAUUAUAACAAUUGUUGAUAAAAAAAAGAAAAUGAAUUAAUCAUUCAUGAUUCCUACUUUUAAUUAAAAUUCGAUUAUUUAAAUUUUCGAUUUCGUUUGGAAUUAUAGUUAGCCGCCAUUUACGUUAAUAAUGUUCACGCUUGCAACCAAAGUAACACGGGUAUUCUAGGGAAAAUAUUUACCAAGGUUGACAAACUUACAAAAUAUAUUAUAAAAUAAACUUACUCUUGCUGUCAGAGACGAUAUUUACAAUACGUUUAUACAAUAAUAAUAAAUAAUGGCAGAAAUUGAAUGGCCAUGGCAAUACAGUUUUCCUCCAUUUUUUACUCUCCAACCACACGCAGAUACAAAAGCAAAACAAUUGGAAGCAUGGAAAAGUUUAGUAUUAGAAUAUUAUCGGAUCACAAAACAAGCAAUUAUAGAUGUAAGAGAAGUCCAUUCGAGUCCUCUUUUUAACAACAGUGCAAUCAAUCGUAAACUACCAUCUGAAGUAGUACUUAUAAUAUUAGAAGAGUUAAGCAAAACAGGAAACGCUAUGCCAUUAGAUAAGACAAAACAAAGGUGGUUAGUUUACUGGCAUACAUUAGAAGAAUGGGGUGAAAUAAUAUAUAAUUGGGCACAAGAAACUGGACAGAUUGGUUCCGUAUGUACUUUAUACGAAUUAACGCAAGGAGAGGAUACAGUCGAUCAAGAAUUUUAUAAACUUGAUACUGAAGUAUUAAUAAGAUCUCUUAGAACACUUGAAUACGCUAAAAAGGCUGAACUGAUAAUGUUCGACGAUAAUCAAGGUGUUAAAUUUUUCUGAUCGGAUAUUUAUUAUCCAGAAAAUACGCAUAUUAAAAAAUUCAAUGUUAUUCAACUAUUUUUCUAAUAAUGAAAAGUUCUUAAUUAUCAUUUUUAUAAUGAAUAUUGAAAUUAUCUAUUCUAUACGCGUUUUUAAUGAAGAACAAGAAUUAUUUGAAGGGUAAGUUAAUAAGACAUUGAUACUUUUAUUGGAAGAACAAAUAUUUGUACUAAUAUUUUAAAAAAUCACUUCUACAAUAUAUAAAUUCUUUUUCAUAACAUUUUGUAUUUGGAUACAUAAAUAAUUAUUAUGUUCUCUCUUAUUCUUGUUAUUAACAAGAGAAUUCUUUCUAUGAACAAGAAUUCUUAACAAUUAAGUAUAUUCUAUAUGCAUAUUCCUAUAUACAAUGUGAUUUAAAUUAUUGCUUGUAUGAGAAAUUAUCAACUGUAUCUAAUAAGAAGUGUUAUACAUCUCGAUAUAUAUUAGAAACAAGAAGAGAAACAUGUACAUAUAAAGAGAGUAUGUCUAUAAAUAUAAGAAUUUAUUAUGAUUAGCAUCGAUACUUUCCAAAGAAAAUCACUUUAUUUUUUUUUAAUAAUUUUCCAAUUCUUUAUCAUUGUGUGUAUGUGUGUGUAUCUUAUAAUAAUUUAAGAUAUUAUAUUUAUGAGGAUAACAGCAUACCUAUACACUCUUAAAUUAUUAUAUCAAUGGCUUUUGUACAUAUGUAUAUAAUAAAUUUACGUAAAUAU